GCUAGCUCGUGUAUAAAAAGGUAGCUUUAAUGUAUAUUGAAGCACAAUAACGAACGAGUUCAAAUGAAGAGUAGUUAUUAGUUGAGUGACGAACGAACACAUACGAAAUUUGUUCUCUAAAAUGAGGAUAACAAUUUUACUUCUACUUAUUGGCGUCUGCCUUGUAAGCGCAAAGUACUUGCCUUACGACACAAGUGAGUACAGUGUAUUAGUGAGGAGUAAAAGGUCAGACUCUGAUGAAUCUGUUCAGUCUAUCGAGCGUGAUGAUUCAAGUGAUAAUGAAGAUGCCGAAGAGGAUUCGAGUGAAAGUACAAGUGAAAAUAAACGCCAGGAAGUAGCAGAAAAACAACGUAAAAAUCUAUUAGAGCGAGAGGAAAAGAUAAAACGUAAGGAAGAAGAAAGACAAAAAAAAUUAGAAGAAAAACAGGCAAAACAACAACGCAAAGAAGAAGAAAGGCAUGAAAAAGAGGAACGUAAGCGACUAGAAAGAAUUGAGAAAGAAAAACGCAAGGAAGAAGAGAAAUUGGAAAAAGAAGAAAGAAAAAAACAAGAAAAACAACGUAAACAGCUAGAAAAAUUACAAAAAGAUGCGUUAGAAGAGGAAACCGAAGAUGAUGAUUUCUUAAGCACCGAAGAAGAAAAUUCAGUGGAAUUAAGUGAUAUUUGGAGAAAUCACAUCUAUGUUAAAUAUGGAUUGACUCUUACGAGUACAAAAAUAGAGAAACAGGCAGCUAUUAAUAAAUAUUUCCAAGAAGAACUGGGUCUUAGUGCGAAUAGCACAGAAAGUGAUCGAAGACAAGCAAUAGUGAAGUUAAUAGAAACGACACUACAAAAUAAUACCACUUCCCUGGAUGCGUUAAAAACUCAACUAUUAAGUCAAAUGAAUGCCAUAAGCUUAUACAAGUGGCAAACAAAAUUAGACAAAGGUGUUGAAAAGUUAAAUAAUAAGUCUGAAAUACUUAAUAAUGUGACGCUACCAUGGGCGACUGUUAUGCAACAAAACCUAGAAGAAAAAAGAUUAUUUCUUCAAACUAUUAGUCAAUUUUUAUCAAAUCUAUUUCCAAACCUGGUCGCUGGAGGACAGAAUCAAUCUCAAUCUGGAAACAGUAGUGGUAUUUCAAAUAUUGAUGUAAAUAAUACAAACAUAGUUGAUUCUGUAACUGGCGUACCAAGUUUAAAUAUAGAAAACAUAGAAAAUAGCAAUGCAUCAUCAUCUACAAACGUGGUACUUAACCCAGCAGAAAAUAAUGAUUCAUCGGUUUCUAGCAAUAAUGAAAUUAACCCUACAAGUGUAAAUGAGAGUAAUUCAGUGAUUUCUGGAAACACUGAUACUAUAAACAAUUCAAAUAUUGAUACUACUAUUGUUUCCUCUUCAAAUGGUGACUCUAUCCAUUCCAGUAGUAAUAGUAGUUCUACAAACAACAACGCUAAUAUUGAGAAUAACAAUACUUCAACUUCAAGUAUUGACGUUGUAACAACUGGAGUUGAUGGUGAAACUAUAAAUAGUAACGCUAAUGUUAAUUCUGAAAAUGUUUCAGUCACAAAUACUGUAUCAAGUGCUAACGGAAUCAGUGAGAGUUCUACAAACAACAACGCUAAUAUUGAGAAUAACAAUACUUCAACUUCAAGUAUUGACGUUGUAACAACUGGAGUUAAUGGUGAAACUAUAAAUAGUAACGCUAAUGUUAAUUCUGAAAAUGUUUCAGUCACAAAUACUGUAUCAAGUGCUAACGGAAUCAGUGAGAGUUCUACAAACAACAACGCUAAUAUUGAGAAUAACAAUACUUCAACUUCAAGUAUUGACGUUGUAACAACUGGAGUUAAUGGUGAAAUUAUAAAUAGUAACGCUAAUGUUAAUUCUGAAAAUGUUUCAGUCACAAAUACUGUAUCGAGUGCUAGCGGUAUGAGUGAGAGUUCUACAAACAACAACGCUAAUAUUGAGAAUAACAAUACUUCAACUUCAAGUAUUGACGUUGUAACAACUGGAGUUAAUGGUGAAAUUAUAAAUAGUAACGCUAAUGUUAAUUCUGAAAAUGUUUCAGUCACAAAUACUGUAUCGAGUGCUAACGGAAUCAGUGAGAGUUCUACAAACAACAACGCUAAUAUUGAGAAUAACAAUACUUCAACUUCAAGUAUUGACGUUGUAACAACUGGAGUUAAUGUUGAAACUAUAAAUAGUAACGCUAAUGUUAAUUCUGAAAAUGUUUCAGUCACAAAUACUGUAUCGAGUGCUAACGGAAUCAGUGAGAGUUCUACAAACAACAACGCUAAUAUUGAGAAUAACAAUACUUCAACUUCAAGUAUUGACGUUGGAACAACUGGAGUUAAUGGUGAAACUAUAAAUAGUAACGCUAAUGUUAAUUCUGAAAAUGUUUCAGUCACAAAUACUGUAUCGAGUGCUAACGGAAUCAGUGAGAGUUCUACAAACAACAACGCUAAUAUUGAGAAUAACAAUACUUCAACUUCAAGUAUUGACGUUGUAACAACUGGAGUUAAUGGUGAAAUUAUAAAUAGUAACGCUAAUGUUAAUUCUGAAAAUGUUUCAGUCACAAAUACUGUAUCGAGUGCUAACGGUAUCAGUGAGAGUUCUACAAACAACAACGCUAAUAUUGAGAAUAACAAUACUUCAACUUCAAGUAUUGACGUUGUAACAACUGGAGUUAAUGGUGAAAUUAUAAAUAGUAACGCUAAUGUUAAUUCUGAAAAUGUUCCAGUCACAAAUACUGUAUCGAGUGCUAACGGAAUCAGUGAGAGUUCUACAAACAACAACGCUAAUAUUGAGAAUAACAAUACUUCAUCCUCAAAUAUUGAUUCUGUUUCUAACGUAGAUAGUAUUGCUGCAAUAAAUAAUGACAAUGUUAAUUUUAAUGCUUCCGAAAAUAUUGUUACAAGCAGUAAUGCUAAUGAUGUAUCUGCAAGCUCUUCAUCGUCAAGUGUUGACGCUAUUGCUUCAGACACAACUACAAUCCAGAGUUAUGUUAUUAAUGAUGGAAAACUGAGUACUUCUAAUAUUAACAUUUCUGAAGGAAGUGUUACCCUAAAUGUUGAAAGUAAUACCAACGCUGAAAAUAAUGAUACCAUUAUUAAACCUAUAAAUACUUCAGUCACCAAUCCUAGCGCAGUUGGUACCGAAGCAAAUGGUGGAAGUAUUAACAAUAAUAAUAACAUUGAACCUGAAAAUUCUCCAGUCUCGGGAAAUGAUUCUGUUUCUCCGGGAGACAGUAAUGUUAUCAUAAAUAGCAAUGCUAAUGUUGAAUCUGCUAAUACUACAGAUUCAAGCAUCAACAACAACGAUGUUGGGACUAAUAUUGCUCCGUCAUCAAAUACAAGCUCUAAUUCUCCGGUUGUAUAUAAUAACACCGAUGUUGGAUCAUCAAACGCUUUAUCCACAAAUAUUCCUUCUGAAGGAAGUACAGUUGUUUUAAAUAACACAGAUUUUGUUGAGACUACUAAUGUCUCAUCAUCAAACACGGACUCUGUUUCUCUUGGAACUGACGGUACUGCUACAAAUGCACAACAGAUAUCUGGUCAAAGUAACAAUGCUAUAAACAACAACGUCGACAUGGGUUCUGUUAAUGACCCGUCUGUUAAUUCAGGUGUAACUAAUGCACCAAAUGAUACAGGUAUUACAUCAUCCGUGAGCAGUGAUCCAGCUACCACCUUUAACGCAGCAUCUACAAGUGAGACUGAAAUAUCAGCAAUUACUGAUAAAGCCAUAUUGGAAGAAAAUAAUAACCUAUUAACAACAAACGUAGAAUCUAUUAGCAGUGUGACGGACAAAGUAUCCAUACCUACAGAAGCUUCUGUAACCGUAGGUACUAAUCUAGAAAUUUCUGAUACCGCAACUAAUGCUAUAAAUGGGGCUUCUUUAACGAAUAAUGCCAAUAUAAAUACAGAAGUAGAUUCUUCUAAUACAUCUUCUACAAAUUUGGAUUAUUUAAGCAAUACGACGACAUCAGAUGCUUCAAAUUCAGACCCUAGUGUUAGUACAGGUUCUCUAACACCACAAGUAACAACUGAACCUCUAAUUACUGUGAAUGAAGCUGUGAGUAACGUUAAUACAGCUUCUGAUAUUGCUAUCACAGAAACACCUACCGAAGUGUCAGCUAGUACAGUCGUUUUUGUUGAAUCAUCAACAUCUCCACAAAACAAUGAAAUUACAAUACCGGCGGAACCUGGAGCGACAAUUGUUGAUAUAUCUCAACAAUAAGAAAUUGAAUGUUUAAUUUAAUGUAUAUUUCUUUAUUUUCAUAUAUAUACAUAUAUAUUAUAUUUCGACCUGUGACUGUAAAAAUAAAAUAAAUUUGCAUUUUGGACUU